AUGUCAAACGCAGCACAAAUAUUCUUCAGAAUCAAUAGCUCUAAUGAUCGAAGUUCAUCGUUAGAGUGGAAUAACCCAAUCGAGACCUUUUGUCUACUGGUAUCAAGCCCAGAAAUUUCACCCGAUGCUUUCAAUGAUGUCUUCACACAUGCCAUGUCCCAGCAUGUUCCUUACGAACACUUAAUGCAGCUCAUCAACUCAUCUCCAGAGUUCAAUGUACUAGUGCUGCUUUUUAUCGAGGUGGUGAUUGAAGAUCUGGUAAAGCAUCAAUCUGGAAAAGUAAGUGCUUCACCCUUGCACGCCACUGUUCACGAAUACAUGUACAUAUCGAGCACAGCAGUCAUCAAUCAAAACCUCCAAUCUCUUGCUAUAGCCUUCCAGGGGAAAUCCGCUGAAAAACCAGGUAUUUCUAAUAACAUUUUUCGGUGCGUAAAUGCAUGGAUCAACUAUACGAUUAUGGCCCGAAGCAAGUCUUUUGGAACCAUGGACCUGAGUGAGACGUUCGAGAACAUAAUCCGCCUUAUGUGUCUCUAUGACUCAACUCAAGGAUUCCCUUAUUCCGAGACAGUCGUAUCGAUUCUAGGUGAGAUUUUUGCCAAUGACCCAACAAUUUUAAGCUACGACUUGAGAUCAGCAAUUGAGGGCAUUUUCCUUGGAGUUAGCAUGGCUUCCAAUAAUGAAACCAAUGGCCACGAAUGGAUGCUCAACUAUAUGAAUCACCUUGUCAUCAACCAGAUGCACGACGAAUUGAAGGAUCUUGCGCUCUGUGUUGUAGAUUUUUUACAAAUAAGCAACCUGGGAGUGUGUAACAACUUAUUCACCCAGGCUUCGGCAGGAGAUUCGAGGAAUCUAGACCAGUACAUCAAGGUUCUCUUACAGAUGACGAAUUUCACGUUGGUUCCUGUGUUAGAAGAAUUUUUUUCGGUCAGAAUGGUGGAUUUCUGGCUAGACCUUUGCGAUGGCUACAACAACCUGGUAAGAGAGACUUUCAAGCCAGAAACACCAGAAUUAGCAUCAAACCUCUUUGGUCAGGUAGUAGAAAUAUAUCUACCCAAAACUCGCUUGACGAAUAAGCAAAAAAUUCUGGAAGAGGGGGAAGAUGAGACUUUACUGCAUGAGUUUGACGACUUCAGAAAUGCGGUCCUUGAUUUGAUAGAAUCUAUGUGGUCCGUGCUAGGUAACGAAAAGCUGACCAACAAUUUGAUUGCUGGUAUCGGCCAUCUAACUCCCAAUUCUGGCGACGAUCUCUUUCAGAUUGAAGCCAUGUGCUUUUCCCUCAACAGAUUACUUACCGAUAUGAAUUUGGGUGAUAGCCCUGUGAUUUGUGCCACUUUACGCGAAAGUACUUCGUUUUUAACAAAUAUUCUGUUGCUGGUUCAGACGGGGUGCCAACAGAAAAGUGCCGCUAAUGGCAAAGAAGCCCAAAUUUUGAGCACAGAUUUUGUUAAGACUGGAACUUCCUUGUUGGCUACCGUUGCAGAUUACAUCAAACAAAACGAUGAAGACUUAGCCAAUUGUAUGGACAUCAUGUUUAGUUCUCUAGAACAAUGUGGGAACGCCGAUGAAACCGAUAUCAAAAUCGAGUUGUUUUUGACCAAGUGUACUACCAAAAUUUGCGAGACUAGUCGGAUGAAACUAGCAUCAUAUUUGCCCACCUUCACCAAGAUUCAAAAUGCUAUGGUGCAACAGUCGUCAAAAGUUUCAGACUUCACGAAACAAAAAUUCACUCGUUGUCUUGGGUAUAUAAUCCAGGACUAUACGCGCGAUGGACCCGAAGCUCAAGCACACUACUUGGCUACUGUCAUAAAUACAAUACAGGACGAGAUUUCAAACCCUCAGGCUGAUAGAGCACAGAUUUUAUGCUUGCUGAAUUGUUUCUCAGAGUUGGGCAGUGCCAUGAUACCACCCGAGGAGCCCGAAGAUUCAAACAAUCUCUUGAGCGCGGCUCAAUUCAACGAGUAUUGGAAGGCUGAUCCCCUACAUCUGCGAGAUGUAACAUCAAAUCUAUUGGAAAAAGUGCUUUCUCAGUUCGAGAGAGAUUCGGAGUUUAUAGAGGUGGCUUGUCUAAUCAUGGGUAAAAAACUAUCGCUCACUGAAGAUGAGCCGCAUUUCUUAGCGUACUCGAUGCAGGAACUGAUGCAGUUCUUACUAAAACGGUGUGUUGAAUGCGAACCCACUACGGGCUUGCCCUAUAUCGUGUACUUACUAGGGAACGUGGUUAGUCAUUAUGGAGCUUCCUUAAGCUCCCAGGACUUUGGUUUCAUGCUUUCAAAGUUCUUUUUGGAACAACAUCGUGAGGCCAUCGCCCACGACCCAGAUCUGACUCAGAUGAUGAUAACUUUUGUGAACUCAGUUUUAGAAAAGCGACCAUCUCUUGUAAUUCAUUGCGAGCACUGGUCUACUUUCAUUAUCCCUGAGUUUCUGGGCUUCCUGGUCUCGAAGGAGCGGUUCACCAUCAGCGCUGUUACCAAGUUCUGGACCAAAGUAGUGAACAAUAAGAAGUUCUCCCGUCACGACGAGGUCACCAUCUGCGAGCAAGUAUGUGCUGUAGGCCCCCAACUCACCACUCAGACCAUGGGUGGACUGCUGCAUGCACAGCGAUCGGAUCUAAACUACUACUCAGAUUUCUUGCGGGCUCUCGUCGCGCGCUACCCACUACAAUCAAAACAAUGGCUGACAGCAGCACUCCCGACUUUAUGUGACAAUCCUGCCACUCACCAACUACUCAUUGAAAAACUGUUUGUGACUCGAGGUAGCAGAGCCGCCUCCAACGCCGUGCUAGAAUGGUGGUUAACCUGUAAUGGUCUUCCCAGGUUAACGUCAUAG